AUGGGAGGAGUCCGAACAAACACCAUCAAAAGAGCUGCCAGAAACAUGAUCGAGAAGUACUACCCGAUGUUGACUCUUGACUUCAACACAAACAAGAGAGUUGUCGACGAGUUUGCCGUUAUCAGCACCAAGAAGAUGAGAAACAAAAUUGCCGGGUACAUCACCCACUUGAUGAAGCGUAUUCAAAACGGCCCAGUCAGAGGUAUCUCUUUCAAAUUGCAAGAAGAAGAAAGAGAAAGAAGAGACAACUUCAUCCCAGAAAAGUCUGAAGUCCAAACCGACAACCUCGUCACUGACGCUGUUACCCUUAAGAUGUUGGAGGCUAUUGGAAUGCCAAUGAACAAGAAAUAA